AUGAUGGCGUUCGGGGAGGACGUUAACGACAGUAUGUCGGAACGUUUGCUAGGCGAGACUGCAGCGACAAACAGCUCUGCAUCUACAGCUACGUCUACUGAUGACUUUGAGCUUAUUUCUGAGCGUGAAACACUUGUAUUUGAUGAAGAUUUCUUGCGACAGCAGCAACGACUUGGCAAACGUGGAGGUUUCUUCCAGACGUAUUUUAUGGAUAGAAUGGCACCUGGAUCAGUAAAAGGCUCUAUGUUUACAAUGACAGUUGCGAUUGUGGGUGCUGGUGUGUUGGCACUGCCCUACGCCGUGGCACAGGCAGGACUGAUUCUCGGCAUCUCACUCAUUGUGUUAGGAUCAAUUGCUACCAAUUUUACGUUGAGAAUGCUGCUAGAGUGCUCAAAUCUUAGUCAAGCGCGAUCGUACAUGGAUUUGGCCAUGGCUACGGGCGGACGAAAGUUGGCGGGUUUUACACAGCUGGUUGUGUGCAUGAACCUUUUUGGUACUUCUAUCGGUUACCUUGUGGGUAGUGCAGAGCUUAUCCAACUUGCAUUGCGGACGUUUUUGGGAAACACAAGUCAGAGCGUCUUUCUAGACCGACAGGUCUUGAUUUUGAUCCUCAUUGGUUUUCUCGUGCUGCCGUUAUCACUUCUCCAAAGUCUUGAUUCCCUGCGAUUUUCAUCGCUGUUUUCGAUCAUUUGUAUCGUGUUCAUGGCAUUGGUAAUCGUGAUCAAGUAUUUUCAAUUUGUGCACGAAGGUUUGGCCCCGACGAUCGCGUUUCAGCUGGAGCAUCUACCGUUGUUUGAUUGGCGACUUAGCCACUUGCUACGUGCGAUUCCACUCGUAGUGUUUUCGUUCACGUGCCACCCGAACGUUCUUCCUAUUUACUUGAUACUCAAGCGUCGAUCCAGCAAACGGAUGUGCAAGGUUAUGAACCGUAGUAUCGGCACUGCGACGGCCGUGUAUGCACUUUGUGGAUUCUUUGUAGUGCUCACAUUUGGUGAGGCGACUCGGUCGAAUUUUCUCAAGAACAAUUACCACGGCGAUGGUGCUGUGGGUGCGGGCUGUUUGGGUUUCGGCCUCGCACUUAUCCUUUCGAUCCCGCUGUUCAUCCACACUUUACGUGACAAUAUACAAGAAGCGCUACUGAAGCGACGUCAAGUGGACUUGAUGCAUCACACUGGUUCAUCAUUGUUUCUCGUCUUCUCGACACUUUGUGUGGCAUUGGGAUCCGGUGGCAUUGCGUCUGUACUCGGUGUGCUUGGUGCAACAACAAAUCCAAUCAUCUGCUUUAUGCUUCCAGCAUUUUUUAUUGCUCGAGUGGGUAAGAAACACCAUCGCACGAUUCAAAUAAUUGCUGUAACCAUGGCAGUCACUAUGACUAUCGUGAGUGCCUUGAGUCUAUUACAGCAGAUGCACAUGAUCGCUUAA